AUGCAAGUUUCCGCUGAAGUCGCCUGUGGAGGGGAUGGAGGGCUCAGUGUUGAAGAGCGCAAAGUAAUUCGAAGGGCGCAUAAUGUCCGCCGUAAAAAAUUAGCCGAAGGGAAGGAAACAGCUCAUGAUGGCCUGAAGAUGAAGGCUGCGAGCAAUAUACUUCAGAUGAAAUACGAUUGCGAACUGGAGAACUACGCACAAAAUUGGAUUAACAAAUGCAAGUUUGAUCACUCACCCCAAGCGGAACGCGAAGGUAAGGGCGAAAAUAUAUACUACUAUGGCACAACUGGCGACUUAAAAGAUCGAUCGCAUUAUCUGAGAGAUGCAGCGAAAUCUUGGUGGAAUGAAGUGAAGAAUAUUACCAAUGUGACGGUGGGCGACAAAGGGCUUGAAUUGACUCAAGCAAUGGCUAUGGAUGGUGCCCUCCACUGGAGUCAGGUUGAUUGA